AUGGCCAACUCCGGGGACUUAGUCGCUGAAAAGUCCAGCGAUCAAUCUAUGAAAUCCGACCUGAAAGAUGUUGAAUCGGCUGUUCUUGGUGUCAGUGAAUCUGGCGAUGUGGUCACAGUUGAUCCUGCGGCCGAGCGAGCAUAUGUACACAAGUUAGACACCUACUUCUUGCCUUUUCUUUCGGUCAUGUAUUUCUUCAAUUCUGUUGACCGUUCAAACUUGGGCAAUGCCGAAACGGACGGAUUGUCAAAAGACCUCGGCUUUGUGGGCAAUGACUAUAGCUUGUUGAUCCUACUCUUCUAUAUCCCAUUCGGCACCCUUGACCUGCCUCUCAACAUGCUCACCAAGAAAUUCUCCGCCAAAAGAACCUUGUCAACUCUGAUGGUCAUCUGGGGAUCGAUCGCCACACUGCAGUGUGCAGCCAAGAACUUCGCCGGGUUAUUGGUACUUCGUCUGAUCCUUGGUACCUGUGAAGCCGGCUUUUUUGCCGGAGUAGUCUUUUACCUUACUCUGUUUUACAAGCGAUCUGAGCUUGGUUUCCGUGUGGCUAUCUUCUUCGGCAGCGCCUUGUUAGCGGCUGCUUUCAGCGGUCUCAUAUCUUACGGUGUCUUCCAAAUCCGAGACUCCCAUGUCCAUGGCUGGCAAUGGCUGAUGAUGAUUGAGGGCCUUUUGACGGUGGUCCUUGGCGUGAUCUCUUUCUGGUGGCUGCCCGCAUCUCCUGCAUCAGCUUGGUUCCUGACCGAGAGUGAGAAGGCUGCGGCGCGAACACGUAUGCUCCGUGACGCCUCCAAUAAAGUCGAAGUAGCCUUCAAUCUGAAGGACUGCUUUAUGAUCUGGAACGACUGGAAGUUUGGGCUAUGGUGCAUUGCUGCCUUCACAUACCCUGUAGCCUUCGCCACAACCUCAAAUUUCCUGCCGCAGAUUGUGCAACGCCUCGGAUAUGAUGUUAUCAAAACUAACUUAUGGACUGUCGCCCCCAAUGCUGUUGGCUUCGUCGUUCUUCUUGUCGUUGCCAAAUCAUCAGACUACUUUCAAGAACGCACCUUCCAUGUCCUCGGUGCUCUCCUUCUCUCUUUGAUUGGAAUGAUCAUUCUCAUUACCAUCGAUGUGCUAAAACAUAAAGGCGUCGCAUAUUUCGCAUGCUUUCUCAUGGCAGCUGGUUCCUACAUCCCUUCGUGUCUCGUGCAGUCGUGGCAUAAUAACAACAACUUGGAUGAAAACAGCCGUGCUGCUACUACGGGUCUUCUGGUUGGCCUGGGCAACUUGGCGGGAAUCAUGGCGGCUGCUACUUUUCGUAAGGAGUAUGCACCGAAGUACAUCCCCACGCUUAUCGUGAGUUGCUGCUGCAAUGUCAUUGCGAUGAUUUCCGUCUUGUUUUUGGGAUGUUGGAUGAAGGCAGAGAAUCGUCGUAGAAACAGGAUACAGGGCGUUAAGCUGCGUGCUCAGGAUGUCGACACUUCUGAGCUCACAGAGGGCGAGAAGUCACCCAAGUUCCGGUACUUUACUUGA